AUGUCCAAAGCCAUCGUGUUUGUCGUAUUGCUGUUUGUUUUCCCGGCAGCACAAUCCGUAGAUCACACUGUAGGCGGCUCCACCGGUUGGACGACAGGCUUCAACUACACCGAAUGGGCUAGCCGCCAGACUUUUCGACUCAAUGAUAACCUCGUGUUCAACUUUGGUCCUCCUCAUAGUGUGGAUAGAGUGAACUCGGAUGAUUUUGGGAGCUGCAGCUCGGCGAGUCCCAUCAGAUCAUACACAGCAAGCCCGGCCACUAUCACCCUGAAUACCACCGGUGAAUGGUACUUCUUAUGCCCUGUGCCCGGACACUGCUCAGGUGGCCAGAGGCUGUCGGUCAAUGUUGCUGGAGGGUCCGCGCCGUCGACUCCGGGCGGCCCACCAGCGUCAGGGGGGUCCGCACCGUCAACUCCGGGAGGUCCACCGGCGGCUGGGGGGACUCCGGCGCCAUCUGCCGCCACUGUUUUGGGCGAAGGUGGCGGUUUGGUGGUGGCUGGGUUGGUGUCACUUGUUAUGGCGGGAUUAAUGGGCUAA